CGAGCCGGAUCAGCACGGGAGGGCCAAGGGCGAGCCAUGUCUUCGGCCGGCGCCUGGAAGAGCCCGUGCAUUCCUCUUGCGUUUAAGCAAGCGGGCUUCAUGGCUUGGCCUUUUCUCCCGUCAGCUGCGGCAUCGCUUACUUCAGCUCUUUGUUGAAAACGGGGGAUUAUGUUACGACUGAGACGAUCUGCAGGGAGGUGAGCGGGAAGGAAGCCAGGGAAAAAGAAUGCGGGUCUAUUUAAUGGUGUGCUGCCUUAUUUUCUACACCGUGCGUGGACAAGUAGAGUACUCAAUCGCCGAAGAAACUGAGCGCGGCGCGCCCGUCGGGAACCUAGCACAGGAUUUGGGUAUAGAUGCAGCUAGGCUGCCCUCCCGCAAAUUCCGCAUGAUCACCAGUUCAAGUAAGCAAUAUUUCAACCUGAAUGCGAGCACCGGAGUUUUGUCUGUUAACGAGCCCAUCGACAGGGAAGAGAUCUGUGCACAACAGCCUACCUGCUCUCUGAAUUAUGAACUCGUGUUAGAAACCCCCCUGGAACUUUAUAAACUGCAGUUUAAAAUAUUGGACGUGAAUGAUCACACUCCUACGUUUCUGCUAGAGGAAUAUCAUGUGAAUGUCGCCGAGUUCCUGGCUCCGGGAGUUCGGUUUACUCUCCCGGUCGCCCAAGAUCUCGACGAAGGCAUCAACGGUGUCCAGAGUUACGUUUUAAGCCACAACCAGCAUUUCAGACUGGAAAUGCAGACUCGCGGGGAUGGGAGCCGAUAUCCUGAACUGGUUCUAGAAAAGCCCUUGGAUCGGGAGCAGCAGGUCACACACAGGCUUACUAUCACAGCUAAAGAUGGAGGAAGCCCCCAGAGGUCUGGAGAUACCCAGGUUGUGGUAACUGUUCUGGACACAAAUGACAAUGCCCCUAUUUUUGAGCAUUCUGUCUACAGAGCCAGUGUGUUGGAAAACUCUCCUAGAGGCGUUCUGGUCACUAGGGUGCAAGCCACAGACUUAGAUGAAGGACAGAAUGGAGAGGUCUUCUACUCCUUUAGCAACAGUACACCCCCUGAGCUACAGAAGAUGUUCAGCAUCAACCCCCAGAAUGGGGAGAUAAAAGUCAAUGGUGCUUUAAAUGUCCAAAAGCCCCUGCUCGAGAUGUUCAUUGAGGCAAAGGAUAAAGGAGUCUUUGGCAUGUCCACUGUAGCCAAACUGUUGGUGGAAAUUACUGAUGUGAACAACAAUGCCCCAGAGAUUACACUCACUUCGCUGUCCAGCCCCAUCCCAGAGGAUUCUUUGUUGGGCACGGUGGUGGCUCUUUUGAGUAUUACUGAUGAAGAUCCUGGUGAGAAUGGGAAAAUCAUUUGUAAGAUUCCUGUUGACAUCCCCUUCCAACUCAAGUCCUCUUUUGACAAUUACUACAGCCUGAUCACAAGUGGUCUUCUUGAUCGAGAACAGGUCAGUGAAUACAACAUUACAGUCACUGCCUCUGAUCUGGGUUCCCCUCCCAUUGCCACUCAGAAAGCACUGUGGGUGCAGAUUGCGGAUGUGAAUGACAAUCCUCCCAAAUUCCUCAACCAGAUGCGUGAAAUCUACAUAGCAGAGAACAAUAAGCCUGGGGUAUCUGUUUUCCAGGUGUCAGCUUCUGAUCCAGACCUCCGGGAGAAUGGUCGGUUAUCUUACUUUCUCAGGGACAUUGACAUCCAGGGCAGUUCCUUGUCCAGAUAUUUAGCCAUUAAUGCAGACAAUGGAAUCAUCUAUGCAAAAGACACUUUUGACUUUGAGCAACUCCAAAAUUUUCAUUUCCAAGUAGAGGCAAAGGACAAUGGCUUCCCAAUUUUGACUGCUACUUUUAUUGUCAGUGUUACCAUCUUAGACCAAAAUGAUAAUGCCCCAGUCAUCUUGUAUCCAGAUGUGAGAAAUGCUUCAGUGGCAGUUGAAAUUGUGCCACGCUUGGCAGAUGCGAACUAUUUCGUGACCAAGGUGGUAGCCCAUGACCCAGACAGUGGACAGAAUGCUUGGCUUUCUUACCACCUUCUGCACUCUUCUGAUGCAAGCCUAUUUCAGGUUUUACCAAAUUCCGGGGAACUUAGGACUAGUCGUUCAAUGAGAUCUAGUGACCCCAUCAAGCACAAAGUGGUGAUCUUGGUGACAGACAGUGGGGAUCCUUCCCUCUCCUCUACUGUAUCUUUGGGAAUUCUACUAGCUGACACUCUCCCACAAGCACUCCCAGACUUUGAUGACAGCCUGGAAACACAUGGGCAGCAGCUGUCUAGCUUGAACUUCUACUUGAUCAUUGCUCUGGGCUGCCUUUCCCUUGUCUUUUUUGGAUUUAUCAUUUUCCUUUUUGCUGUUCGACUUUUCCACUGUAGGACUAACCCCUCUUGCAAUUGUUGUUGCCCCACGGAUGAGUAUGAAAAGUACCGGUACAAUGUGCGCAUGCUCCCAAGCUCUCAUUUUACCCCAGAGAUGGUUGAGAUUGCAGGAAUGGGGAAACUUACACACACCUAUUUAUAUAGGGCAGCCCUAGGUGUAGGGACUAGCAAUAACAACUCGAUGUCCAACAGAGAUGCCGGGAGCCUUUCCAAGGGGGCGGGAUUAUUGCAAGUGCCAGCAUCCUGCAUUCAAGUACAGAAGGUGAAGAGUGACCAUUUUAAUGCCAUUCUGGUGGUAAGCAGCUCUUUCAAAUAUCUAUUGUCUUUCUUGGUAUUGGGUGGGAUGGGAAAGUAAAUACCAAAAAGUAUGUCUUGAUCCAACAAUGAAAAUUAAGAAAAUGAUUUAGAGAAAAAAGGCCUGGAAUGGAUGUCAUUUCAUUCGCAAAAGGAAGAUGGUUUGUCCUCCCAACUUAAAAACAAAAUAAAUGAAAUGGGGUAGCUUGAAGUCCAAUGUCCUGCAGUAACCAAUACCUAAAAUGAUAAUCCAGGAAAAAGGAUGGACAUAGGUACAGCCUGUGAGCUGAUGAGUCAUGAUGGAAGUGCAACUUUUCCCUCACUAUAUUUUCUUAUUUUUAGAAAUGUUUCAUAGGGCUGGGUGUAUAUAUUGGGGAGGGUCCAAAACAGAGUGAUUAAAGAAAAGCUCAUGAUGAACAGUUCAAGACACUAUGUAUAUUCAACUUGAAAACAAGAACAUUGGAGUAGCCAUCUUUACGUUUCUGGAAGUUUCUUGUCAUAUUGAAAAUGGGGUAUAAUUGUUCAGAGUUAUUCCAAGAGAACCAAAAACCAAUCGCUUUAAAUUAUAAAGUAAAAAAUAGUAACGGGGGGUUAUUUUUGGAGAUGCUAGAAUUUUCUUUUCCUGGAGAUGUUUAAGCCCAGGUUGUAUUAUUGUCAAUUGGAAAUACUAUAGUAUGGGGUUCCUUCACUGGACAAAGAGUUGGCGUUCCAAUAUUUACAUUUAAUUAUUCUAUAAUGAAAAAUGCUCAUGUUAGUAUUUAUUCUUUCUGCAACAAAAGUGUCUAUUUGCAAAUGAAAAAAACAAACUGGAAUAAGAUCAUUAAAUGUAGGGCCUAAUAUUAUCAUUCCU